AUGACAGUAAAGGGAGCUGUAGAGGGUCCAACUGAAGGCCUUGUUUUGAUGACAGUAAAGGGAGAUGCAAAGGGUCAAACUGAGGGCCUAGUUUUGAUGACAGUAGAGGGAGCUGUAGAGGGUCCAACUGAAGGCCUAGUUUUGAUGACAGUAAAGGGAGCUGUAGAGGGUCCAACUAAAGGCCUGGUUUUGAUGACAGUAAAGGGAGCUGUAGAGGGUCCAACUGAACGCCUGGGUUUGAUGACAGUAAUGGGAGCUGUACAGGGUCCAACUGAAAGCCUAGUUUUGAUAACAGUAAAGGGAGCUGUACAGGGUCCAACUGAAUGCCUAGAUUUAUGA